CCUGGGUCACGCACAUCAGGCGUAGACUGCCGUUAUCAUUUCCCGAAAUGAGAUCGCCCUGUUUAGGCAUAUUUCGAGUCGUUCAAGAAUCGUAUUGGGGGUGAUGUCGGUUUCAUAUAAGAUGACUGACCAUGGCAUAUCCAAUCUUGGUUGUUGGAUUGCCUUCUAACAAAUCGGAAAUUUCAAACAGUACAGACGUCCUUUCUCACUCAAUAUGGCCAUUCUAUCCAUAGCCUGGGCUCUCCUGAUAACAUCAGCCCGCCUGGGGCUUGUAUCAGCAUCAAAGCCCUGCAUCGCAGACACAUUCAGGUCCCUCGAACUGAAUAACAUCAACAUACUCUCGCUUAAUGUCACAGCUGUGCGCAACUACCUGACCGACGAUUCAGCAUCCGAUGGGGUCACAUCAGCACCGACAGGGCGAAUACCGUUGACAGUGGAUAUCUGCUUUGUAUCAUUGACUUACACACACCCCGGCCAGAACGACGUUGUCAAUACGUAUAUCGGACUUCCUCUUGACGUCAGCAACUGGAACACCCGCUUCCUAAUGGACGGUGGAGGUGGAUGGACGGCCGGUGGUCUCGACGAGAUUAUUUCUCCCGUCGCCUCCGGAUACUCGUCUUCCUCCACUGACGGGGGACAUAACAGCACUACCUCGACGGCAGACUGGGGGUUUGUGAGCGAGGGCAAUACCAAUUGGCCUGCUCUCUGGGACUUUUCUAGCGUAGCCUUAGGGGAGGCGGCUACGCUCGGGAAGAUGGCCACCGAAAUUUAUUUCAAAUCAUCGCCCAAGUACUCGUACUGGAACGGGUGCUCCACGGGCGGUCGACAGGGCCAUAUGAUGGCCCAGAGAUUUCCGACCUAUUUUGAUGGUAUCGUGGCGGGUUCACCGGCCAUCAAUUGGGAUAGGUUUCAACUGGCCGAGUACUGGCCCGCCUUUCUGGCGCAAUUUCUAGAUACACAGCCACCUGCGUGUGUUCUCAAUGCUUUCACAGACGCCGCAAUCCAAGCUUGCGAUCUUCUGGAUGGCGUGAAAGACGGAAUCAUCUCGCUCCCAGGCCAGUGCCAUUUCAAAGCAUCUUCCAUCGUCGGCCAAACAGUAAACUGCAAUAAUCCCUACGGGCAGAUUACUAUCACAGACAGGAUGGCCGACCUCGUCAGAGGCAUGUGGGAAGGCCCCAUCUCUCUCGAGGACCAGUUCGAGUGGUACGGUCUCAACUACGAUGCCGAUCUGACGUCUCUACUUACUACUACCUGCACAUCUCUCCACAACUGUACGGUAAUCCCUUUUAGUAUCAGCGCAGACUGGGCCAGGGUAUUCCUGGCCAGAAACUCCUCCUUCAGCGUUCAAGGUCUGACGCGACAAGACUUUGACAACCUCUUCCGUGAAUCCGUCGAUCAAUAUGCUUCCAUCAUCGGGACACACAACACUGACUUGACCAGUUUUAUGGUUGCCGGAGGAAAGAUGAUUUCUUGGCAUGGAAUGCAGGAUGAAUUGAUCCCGACCAACGGGACGGUGGAUUAUUACUCUCGGGUCAUGGAUCGGGAUCCGGAUGUUGCGGACUAUUACCGGUUCUAUUUGGCGCCAGGGGUAGCUCACUGCGGUGGAGGCCCGGGAUUUGAUCCUAGUGAUACUGUGUUUAAAACACUGAGGGCGUGGGUUGAGAAUGGCACAGUGCCUGAUACCCUUGGAGCAAUUGCGACGGCUGUUGCGGGCUCGAACAGUAGCUCGACUCGGACGGCACAGCUUUGUCUGUACCCGGAGAUCUUUACAUAUGUGGGUGGGGAUCCCAACGAUGCAUCGUCGUUUGGCUGUGUUUGAUCAUGGAUGCUGUUUAAUAUA